AAAUAAAAGUGAGCAGAUGUAAAAGAGGUGAGAGAGAGGAAGAAGUUUUGACUUAUCUUCUCUGUGGACGUGUGUGUGUAUGUAUGUGUAGUUUUUUCUUCCAGCACUAAACACACACACACACACACACAGACACACACAUGAGUGUGUAAGUUAAUGUGUUUGUUAGGAUGGAUGCACUGGACAUCUCCACACGAAACCCACAGGACGAUUUUGAGAUUUUACUGCGGGUUGGAGGAGGCACAUAUGGAGAAGUUUAUAAGGCACGUAACAAACAGAAUGGAGAAUUGGCUGCCAUUAAAAUAAUCAAAAUGGAGCCGGAGGAUGAUUUCUCUGUUAUCCAGCAGGAGGUUGUGAUGGUGCGCAGUUGUAAGCACAGGAAUAUUGUAGCAUAUUAUGGAAGUUAUAUCAGGAUAAAUAAACUGUGGAUCUGUAUGGAAUACUGUGGUGGAGGAUCUUUACAGGAUAUUUACCACGUGACCGGACCGCUCACAGAACAACAGAUAGCUUAUGUGUGUCGAGAGAUGCUGCAGGGUCUUGAUUAUUUACAUGAACAGAAAAAGAUCCACAGGGACAUCAAGGGUGCAAAUAUUCUUCUUAAUGAUCACGGUGAAGUCAAACUGGCGGACUUUGGCAUCUCCGCACAGAUCACAGCCACUUUUGCCCGCCGGAUGUCAUUCAUUGGGACUCCAUACUGGAUGGCUCCAGAAGUGGCUGCAGUGGAGAUUAAAGGAGGUUAUAAUGAACUCUGUGAUAUCUGGUCUGUGGGAAUUACAGCAGUAGAGCUCGCUGAACUACAACCACCUCUGUUUGAUGUUCAUCCUCUCAGAGUUUUGUUCCUCAUGUCUAAGAGCGGCUAUCAACCUCCGAAACUCAAAGACAAAUCAAAAUGGUCCAGCAACUUCUACAACUUUGUGAAGUCCAUGCUGAUCAGGAACCCAAAGAAGAGACCAAGUGCUAAAAAGAUGCUGACACAUUUGUUUGUGAUUCAGCCUGGUUUAAGUCAAGAUUUAACCCUUGAGCUCUUGGACAAACUCAGACAUCCAGAGAAACUCAAAGACUGUUUACACACAGAUGAAGAUGAUGGGGAGGUGGUUGUCUCAAGUUCCCUCAGAAGAAUUCAUUCAAUGAACCGACACAACCGAGCAGAAAGGACAAACUCAGACAUCCGCUUGGAUCAGAUUUACACACAAAGACCAGUAGCUGACAAACAAAAGUCUUCAGACAGAACGUUACGACAGUCAUGUGAUCAGUACACCAGUGCCAAAAAAGACCCAAUCAGAGAUGAAAGUUUGGACACAGACGAUGAUUAUGAUGAUGUGGAAAUACCUACAUCUCAUUUUAUGAGUAACACACUGCUGUACAGUGAUGUUCCUCCUCCUCUACCUCCAAAACCAAAGAAUCGUGCACAUUCAGAGGAGAUUGUGACAACAGAAGAUGAAGAGAGUAAAUCUCUUGCUGUCUGUGGCCCGACACCUUUAUUAAGGACAUCCAGUGGAACACAAACACACACUCGACCCGUCCCACGACCACGAUCUGUACGCAACGUUAACUCUGAUCCGUCAUCAUUCUCCAGUUUUCACGCUGAUGCUUCAGCAGACCUGCAGCCACCUGAGCUGCCACCUAAGGACAGAAGACGCAGACGUGAAGCUCCAAAUGUUCCUCAGGAUCCGGUCGAGUGUGUCGCUCCAGUGAUUAGGAAACGGCCGAUUAUAUUCCGGAAAGUCUUUCAUGGGUGUCCAUUAAAGAUCAACUGCUCGGCUCAAUGGGAACAUCCCAUCACUAAAGAUCAUCAUCUGAUUAUUGGUGCAGAUGAGGGAAUCUACACACUAAACCUCAACAGUGCUGAGACCACAAUGGAUCAGCUGUUUCCAGGCAAGUGUGUGUGGAUCUACACCCUGGGCAAUGUAUUAAUGUCUGUGUCAGGUAAAUCCUCUCAGCUUCACUCUCACUCUCUGAAGGAGCUGUACGAACAGUCACGUAAAGAACAUCGUAUAGUUGCCUUGCCAGCACACAGACUCUUACCACGGAAGUUAGUGAUCAGCACAAAGAUUCCAGACACAAAAGGUUGCAGAAGAUGUUCAGUGGCUCAUAAUGUUGUGAAUGGUUGUGUGUUUCUGUGCUGUGCGCUGGAGUCCAGUGUGGUUUUGCUGCAGUGGUACGAGCCCAUGCAUAAGUUUAUGCUCAUAAAGCAAUUUGACUUCCCGUUGCCGACGCCCCUGCGUGUCUUUGAGAUGCUGGUGGUCCCUGAGCAGGAAUAUCCACAGGUGUUCAUCAGGGUGAGCAAAGGACCCAACACAAUACAACCCGUUCAGCUGGGAUUCAUCGAUCUCAACUCCAACACAUCCUGGUUCGCUGAUACUGGACUCGAGAGUCGCAGCGCUGAUAAAGCUCAGUUGAAUCAGUUGGACAGUGACACACUGAUGGUUUUGAUUGACAAUUCAGUUCAUACUGUCGGUUUGGACGGAUCAGUGAAGAACCCCAAACAGCACGCUGUAGACGUCACCUUUAAUAUGGACGUUGAUGCUGUGGUAUAUCAUGAUGACACACUGAUCGCCAUCUGGAAACACGGCUGGCAGAGGAGAGGUCCGGGAUUCACCGACAUACUGCAGGAGAUCACAGAUCCCAAAAACAUCUUCCGCCUGGUGGGAUCUGACAGAAUGGUCGUCAUGGAGAAGCGAGCGUGUGAUGACCAAUCAGGACUCUGUAAUCUGUACGUUCUGGAGACGGUUGACUGCGCCCCAUUUCCUGAGCGUGUGCUGUCACACAAACACACACAAUGAUAUGUGAAGCGUGAUUGUUUUAAAACUCUGUGCUUUAGUUUCUAUCUAGUGUUAAUAAAGACAUCAGUCCAGGUGUGAAUAACACACUAUCUGUUUCCUCUGUGUGUGUGUGCAUGUUUGCGAGUGUGUGUAUGUGUGUGCGUGCGUGUGUGUGUGUGUGUGUAUGUGUGUGUGCGUGUGUCUAUAGGAUGUGUUUAUGUCGGGUCACUACAUCCUGACCCAUAAAAAUCAGCUGAGAAUGUCAAACACACCUGAAGUGUUCUUGUGUAGAAACAGAAGUGUUUGUGCAAUAAUAAAGUUGUGUUGUUUGAAGUGA